AUGAAGCUUGAAGUUUCAACACUGAUCGUCGCUCUCCUACCGACAGUGGUACGGACGGCGCCCACCCUCCUCAAUGGCGUCGUAACUAACCGAUUCCGAAACGAUGACGGACAAGGCAACUAUCAGUUCGGAUACGACUGGACCCAUCCAGGCGGAGAGGGCGUCUUCCAGCGGGAGUCGGGGGACUCAGCGGGCCGCAAGCAAGGCUCGUACGGCCUGAAGGACGCAGACGGCCGCGUGCGCGUUGUCAGUUACAUCGCCGACGAGAACGGGUUCCGUGUCAGCGUGUCAACCAACGAACCGGGCACCAGGCCCUCCGCUCCCGCCGACGUUCGCUUCCAGCUUCCGGACGCGCAAUUGACGAGCACCGCUUUCCAGAGUCCAGCUCCCACCUUCCAAAACCAGGCUCCGACGUUCCCGAGCCAAGCGCCGACCUUCCAGAACCGCGCCCCAACUUUCCAAAGACGAGCGCCAUUGGACAGAGUGAACCUCGCGCGAUCGCUAGAGCCAGCGCCUGUUCUUUACUCGCAGCCAACCGGAGUACUUCCACCCUACGUACGGCGUGUGGUGUUCCAGCCUUCGAACUUAAGAAAGAGCUAG